AAAAAACACUUGUUUUUACUUUUUAAUCUUAUCGUGUUCCUUAUCAUAAUUUAAUGUCUGGCAUCAGGGGAAAACAAUAUUUAAAUACAGAUCUGUGAUAGUGGUAGGUCCUCGGUGACAAUAGUAUUCCGUAGUAUAUACAAGUAUGUAAAGUACUAUAUAGAAUAUACUUGUUACAGUAGUGAUUUAUAGUAGAUAAUAUCAUUAUAAUUUACUGGGUAGUUGUUUUAAAUGUUCCAUAACACUGAUGAAAAAAUAUAAAACUCAUGUUUGGGAAAGACUUUCUCAACUUCAUCAAUCAAUUAAAUAUAUUAAAUUAACCAUAAAAUAAACACUUGAAUCAGAAUAAACGUUUAUUUAUUUUUGAAUAUGAACUAAUAAACUACUUUAAAAAUUGUUGAGAAACCUCAAAAAUAUGUUUUCAACACUGAGACGUUUGGCAAACAAAACCGUAGAAAAAGAUACAAGUGUUAAUACUGCUUCUCAUCCAAAAGCAUUACCUCAGGAUUUACAACGAUCUUUUUCUAAAGGAAUUCAAUAUAAUUUGAAAUUAGUUAUUAAAGGAGAUAGAAAUGUAGGUAAAACUUGUCUAUGGAAUCGUUUACAAGGAAAGCCAUUUCUAGCAAAUUAUGAAGAGACAGACGAAAUCCAAGUUGCUCAUAUUCAGUGGAAUUAUAAGAACACAGAAGAUGUUGUAAAAGUUGAAGUAUGGGAUGUAGUUGAUAAAGGAAAGAGACGACCAUUAUCGUCUUCAAAAUCAUGCGAUGUUCUAAAAACUGAGCAUGAUAAAGUUAAAUUAUCUCCUAUACCAGUAGAAGAUACUCCAGUUCUAGAUGCUGAACUAGUUGAUGUUUACCGUUGUACAAAUGGUGUCUUACUAGUAUUGGAUAUCACUAAAAGAUGGACAUUAGAUUAUGUAUACAAUGAACUUCCUAAAAUUCCAGAUAAUAUUCCAGUAUUAGUAUUAGGUAAUCAUUGUGAUAUGAAUCAUCAUCGAAGUAUUAAUGGAGAUGAAAUUAUUUAUCAUUUAAAGACACUGGAAAGGAGUUCUCCUAUUCGGUAUGCUGAAGUCUCUAUGUCAAAUGGUUUUGGUUUGCGGCUAAUUUAUAAAUGGAUAGGUAUUUCAUUUUUGCAACUCCAACGUGAAAACAUAAUGCAUCAUUUAGAAACAAAUGGAAGUGAAACAAAAAUUAUGACCAUGGAGUUGGAUGUUUAUCAGCAGAGUAAUGAAGCCAAUUAUKAUGAAUUUUUAUCUAGAUUAUCUAAACAACGUAGAGCUGAUGCAGAAAACAAAUCAGUGGCCCCUACUUUACCUUUACCUUUAUUAAAUAAACCGUCACCUAAUGUAAAAGAAGUUAAAUCUUCAGUUGAAAAUUCAAAAAAUAUGGAUUCUAAAACACAAGAUAUUGCACAAAAAAUGUUUCCUGGAAAUAAGUCUAAUGCAGUGCAAACAGAAUUAAGAAAAGAUGUUAAAAUACUUACAGAAGAACCUAUUAUAAAAACUCCUUCUAUAAUAAACAUUAACAACUUGGAUGAUUUUGUUCCUGAUGAUGAAUUGGAUAAAUCAUUUUUAGAAGAUGCCGGUCAUGGUGAUAUUGUUGUUAAAAUAUCUAAAGAAACAGAGAUAAAUUCUGAUGAAAGUGACGAUGAUUGUGGAAAUCCAAUGGUAGCAGGUUAUCAAGCCGAUGUAGAUCCUGAUGAUUUUAUACCAGAUAUUGAUAGAAUUAAGAUUGAAAAGAACAAUGUUGAACCAAAUGAUCUAGAAAAUUGGUCAUCUAUUCAAAAUAUAACAAGACCAAGACCAGAAGGUGGUGAAGAUGAAGAAUCAAAACCACGUGUAGAUGGAUUAAGUAAUGUUAGUUUUAAGGUAAAAGAAAAAAAAGGCAAGAGUAAAAGUGAAAAAAAGAAUAAAAAGAAGACUAAUAGUUCUAAAUCUGAGUAUGAGAACUUGGAAUGUUUUUUGAAUGAUGAAUAA